AUGGUUUUGAUAUACGGAGAAUACGCUCAGCUCAGGCGCGGACUCGACGGCGGGGUUUCCGCUGUCGCUUUCAGCAGCAAGGGGACAUACAUCGCUGCAGCGGGGACCCUCGAUUGCACCGUGUACUUGUGGCGAAUAGCGGACCGUAAACUGGUCAAGACAUUCAAGGGUAGUAGCCCAAACCUUUGCAUGCAAUGGCUGCCCGAUCAGGAAGACAAACUUCUCUGCGGCAACCAAAGUGGCUGCAUAGACCAUAUUCAGCUGAUGCCGGACGCAUUUAACAUGGCAGGUUUUCGCGCCCAUGAGCAUCCCGUAGAGUAUCUGGAUAUCAAUGACCUUUUGCUGGUUUCCGGGGCUCAAUCCGAGGUUGCGGUUUGGGAGCGGCAGGAUGUCGGCCUAUUUCAACACAUAAUUGAUAUCCCGAAGCCUCCCCGGAGCUCUCACAACGAAGAUAGCGAAGUUCUUGUCACCGGCGUCCGCUGGACGACGUCCAAACGGCGCUCCUCGCUCCUGUUGGUGUCCUACAUGUUCCACGGCAUGGUCAUCUACGAUACCAGCUGGAAUAGGGUGCGGACAAUCCCCACCCCUGGCCUAGUGCAAGUCGACGCUUUCUAA